CUUCUUUAUCUUCAUUGACAUCAACUCAGAGAGAUCAAACAAGUACUGCUCCAACUGUCAGUACUUGUACUGGUUUAACUACGACAUCCGCUGCUCCUGCUUUUUCCUUUACACCUGCUAGCAGCAUGGCAGCAGCAGCAACAACAACAGCAAGUUUCUCAUUUCCAGGGCUUUCAUCUUCUACUUCUACUUCAUCUAGUAGCAUAUCAUCAAUUUUUGGUACUACAACAUCUCUUUCCACUGCAUCUUCUGUAUCAGCAGCAAUUACAUCUGCCGUUUUAAGCACAACUACUACUGUAACUCCAAGUACAGCUUCUCCUGCUACUAUAAAUUUUAGACAGCUUGAGGAUACAAUUAACAAAUGGAAAAUUGAAUUGGAAGAACAAGAAAAAGUGUUUUUGAAUCAAGCUACUCAAGUUAAUGCUUGGGAUAAACUAUUAAUUUCUAAUGGAGAAAAGAUCACUGUAUUAAAUGAUGCUGUUGAAAGAGUCAAGCUUGAUCAACAAAGAUUAGAUCUUGAAUUAGAUUUUAUUCUUGCUCAACAAUCUGAAUUGGAAGAUUUGUUGUCACCCCUUGAGAAAAGCAUAGAAUCAACCCCAAAUAUUCAUGUGCAGCAGCAUGCUGAUUUGGAAAGAGAGCAUACGUAUCAUCUUGCUGAAAGUAUUGAUGCUCAGUUGAAACGUAUGUCUGAGGAUAUAUGUGAAAUUAUUGAACAUGUGAAUACAGCUAAUAAAACUCAAGAUGAUAAUGAUCCUGUGCAACAAAUUGCUAAAAUUCUUAAUGCUCAUAUGGAUGCACUGCAGUGGGUAGAUCAGAAUACAGUUGCUCUACAAAGAAGAUUAGAAGGUGUGUCCAAAUUGUAUGAAACUCAAAAAAGAGAAAAUGAAAAAACAUUUAGAGGCACUUACUAGAUGUAUUUACGAAAAUUUUAGAAUCUUAAUUAUUUUUUGCUAUUUCAAUAAAAAUUCAUGUAAAUUUUGUGUCA